AUGUGUGCGACAUCAAGCUGGAAGGAACCCUCAAAGUCCCAUCGGAUCCUGAGCCGGACUCGCCAAGGCCGCUGGACCAGGCCAAGGCGGUUCGGGACGCCUUCGGCAGGCUGCUCUGUGGCCGUACUUUCGUUGGCUCAUCGAAAAGAUCAACGCCAAGCUGGCGCAAUCUGGGACCAUCCGGGACCACUCCCGCGAACAAGCUCUGCCAAGGUGCAGAGGCUCUUGGCCACCAUCAAGAUGGCGGCAUCGUCGGAAGCCAUUCGGGGGUUCGAAGUCACACUGGCAGAUGCCGAGACCAAUCUUGGCUGUGGCUUCGCUGGGCUUCCGCCUGAGCCCGUCAUCGUGGCCAUGGUACCCGAGGGCAGCUUUGCAGCCAUGUCCUCCUCCCUGGACUCGAUUCAGAGCACCAUGUCUGCGGUGCAGGAUCAACUGAAGGUGCUCCAACAGGCCGAGAUGCAGCGUGCGGCAGAGGUGACUUCGCUUCGCACGCUACUAGCCACGUUGCAGCGCGAGACCAAGAGCUUCAGGGAGCGGGAGGCCGUCCUGCUAACAUCGUUGGAGUCGCUGGCCGCACGCGUGCAGGCUGUGGAAAUGCAGAAUGGUUCACACCCUAGUGGCAUGAGCGGAAUGGCUGGUGGCAUGGGCAUUGGCCAGAUUGGGCAGCCCAUCAAGGGCCAAAUGGGCCAGAUGGGCAGGGGCCAGCCCAUGGGCCAGAUGCAGAUGGGCCAGAUGGGGCAGAUGCAGCCGCGCAAUGCUGGGGAAAUGCAGAAUGGUUCACACCCUAGUGGCAUGAGCGGAAUGGCUGGUGGCAUGGGCAUUGGCCAGAUUGGGCAGCCCAUCAAGGGCCAACCACAAAUGGGGCGAGGCACCGGUGGAAUGAAGGUCGCCACUCACAGCGGAUUCAGGACACUUUUCGGCCACCCACCACAUGGGGUUGGUGGGCCGCUGAGUGCGCGUAGCACGUCGAAGCACCCAGCGCUUGUUUAG